GAUUCGGGAAAUUUGGGAAGUGGGGGAGGGAGGGGAGAGGGGGGAGGGGAGGGAUCCGAGAGAGUUCCGGGGGGAUUUGGGGAUUUUGGGAGUUUUCCGAUGAAAUUUGGGAGUUUUCUGGUGAAAUUUGGGAGUUUUCCGGUGAGAUUUGGGAGUUUUCCGAAGGAAUUUGGGGAUUUUGGGAGUUUUCCGAUGAAAUUUGGGAGUUUUCCAGUGAAAUUUGGGAGUUUUCCGAAGGAAUUUGGGGAUUUUGGGAGGUUUCCGAGGAAAUUUGGCAGUUUUCAUAUGAAAUUUGGGAGUUUUCCGAAGGAAUUUGGGGAUUUUGGGAGUUUUCCGGUGAAAUUUGGGAGUUUUCCGCAGGAAUUUUCGAGUUUCCUGAUGGAUUUGGGGAGUUUUCCGAAAAAAUCUGGGAUUUUCCUGAUGGAUUUUGGGAGUUUCUUGACGAAAUUUGGGGAUUUGGGGAGUUUUCCGAAAAAACCUGGGGGGUUUUGGUCAAAAUUUUGGAAUUUUGGGAGUUUUCCAAAGGAUUUUGGGAGUUUUCCGACGGAAUCUGGGAGUUUCUUGAUGGAAUUUGGGAGUUUCCAGACGAAAUUUGGGGAUUUUGGGAGUUUCCAGAUGGAAUUUCCUCCUUUUGGGCUUUUCUUGAUAAAAUUUGGGAAUUUCCAGAGUUUCCCCCCAAAAUUCCCGCACUUCCCGACGGAUUUUGGGAGCUCCCGGAGGCUCCCGCUGAAAUCCAGGAAUUUUCCCAGAAAUUGUCCGAAUUCCUGCAUUUUUUGGCCGGAAUUCCCGAAUUUUCCGGGGGGAUCUGAGGCGUUCCCGACGGAUUUUGGGCGUUUCCGUCAUUUCCGGGCGUUUCCUGGUUGGAAUUUCCCAUUUUUUGGGAUUUUCGGGCGUUUCCUGCGGGGAUUUUCCUCCUCCCGCUGCUCCUCAUGGAAAUUCCCGACGGAUUUUGGGAUUUCCGACCCAAAUUUGGGCCGAAAUCCGCCGGGAUUUGGGGUUUUGGCCCCAAAAGCUUCGAUUUUGGGUCGGGAUCCGUCGAGAUUUGGGAUUUCGGGUCGGAAUCUUCCGGAUUUUGGGGUUUUGACCCCGAAUUUCUCUGGAGCUUCUCCUGCUCUUCCUCUGAAACCAUCGGGAUUUGGGAUUUUGGGCCGGAAUCCGCUGGAAUUUGAAAUUUUGACCCCAAAAGCUUCGAUUUUGGGCCAGAAUCCGUCGAUAUUUGGAAUUUCGGGCUGGAAUCUCCUGGAUUCUGGAAUUUCGGGCCGGAAUCCGCUGGAUUUUGGGAUUUUGGCCCCAAAAGCUUCGAUUUUGGGUCAGAAUCCGUCGAGAUUUGGGAUUUCGGGCUGGAAUCCGUUGAGGUUUGAAAUUUUGACCCCAAAAGUUUCGAUUUUGGGUCAGAACCCGCUGGAUUUUGCAAUUUCAGGCUGGAAUCCUCGGGAUUUUGGGAUUUUAGCCCCAAAAGCUGCAAUUUUGGGUCGGAAUCCUUCGAUAUUUCGAAUUUCAGGCUGGAAUCCUCCGGAUUUUGUAAGUCUGCCCUCAAGAGCUUCGAUUUUGGGUCAGAAUCCGCUGGAUUUUGGAAUUUCGGGCCAAAAUCCCCCGAAUUUUGGAAUUUCGGGCCGGAAUCUCCUGGAUUUUGCCAUUUCGGGCCGGAACCCGCCGGAUUUUGCAACUUCCACCCCAAGACUUCCGAAUUUCCCCCGGAACCUUCCGGAACGGCGGAUUUCGGCCCGGAACCCUCCGGAUUUCGGCGCCUCCCUCCGGAACUUUCCCCCCCGGCCCACGCGGCGCCAUCUUGGGUGGUAG